GAAAUUGUCACAUUCGAGGCUAGUUCAGCUUUAUGGGGUGUGUAUACAACACAAGCCCCUCUACAUAGUGACAGAGUUCAUGGAAAAUGGCUGCCUGCUUAACUACCUUCGGGAGAGAAAAGGCAAGCUUCCGAAGCCAUUGCUCCUGAGUGUGUGCCAGGACAUAUGUGAAGGGAUGGAGUACCUGGAGAAGAACUGCUAUAUUCACAGGGAUCUGGCAGCACGGAACUGUUUGGUCAGCUCUACUUGUGUGGUAAAGAUCUCGGACUUUGGGAUGACAAGGUACGUUUUGGAUGAUGAAUACAUCAGUUCCUCGGGAGCUAAGUUCCCAGUCAAGUGGUCCCCACCUGAAGUAUUUCAUUUUAACAAGUACAGUAGCAAAUCUGAUGUCUGGUCAUUUGGAGUUCUAAUGUGGGAAGUUUUUACAGAAGGAAAAAUGCCUUUUGAAAAUAAGUCCAACCUGCAAGUGGUGGAAGCCAUUUCUAAUGGGUUCCGCCUGUAUCGCCCUCACCUGGCCCCCAUGUCCAUAUAUGGCGUUAUGUACAGUUGCUGGCAUGAGAACCCCAAAGGUCGCCCAACGUUUGCCGAACUGCUUCAGGUUCUCACAGAGAUUGCCGAAACCUGGUGA